CAGAAAUGAGCUCUCACGUGUAUUUGUGUAAAAACUUAAGUCUGCUGUUAAUGCAACGAUGACAGUUAUGAGCUUUAAAGAUGGGAAGGUUGAAGCGAUUCUUAAUGAUUUCACUUUGGAUGAUGAUGUUUCCUCUGAUGUGAAAGACACGCUGAAGAGUUUCUUGCUUAAACUCACACAAAAUGUCAGGUGUACAGGGAAACGGAGCAAGGAGCGGUCACUGGAGGAGGCAUUACAGAUCCUGCUGAUGAUCCCAAAAGAAGAACUUCUUUCUUUACCGAUUGCUGCUCUUCAUCAACUUGUUCAGCUGCUGUUGGCUUUGCAGAUUGAAGCAGUCACAACUUCAUCCAUGUCCCACAAAUUAGACAAGAUGGUGCAAGUCUUGGUCGAAAUAAACCGGUCCGUUGUCUUUGAGGAGGUUCAACGAUGUCUUCAAAACUUAUUGCACCAAGAACAGGUGUUAUCAUUGCAAGACCUUCAGAUAGCUUGUAUGUUCAUGGAGGACAGAAGUGUUGGACGAGAGGUCUUGAAGGAAGAAUGCAAGACCCUGCUUAGUCAAGUUGCUAAAAUGAUUCCUGUUGUUCUGUCAGAUGAUGCGGCCCAAAAUGGGCUGCUGUGUUACCAGACUGUCAAGCUGUGUUUGCAGGUGUUCCAGCUACUCCCUGGCCAGGUGGCACCACUUGUCUGCAGUAAAGAUGCUGUAAAUAUGAUUGUGAGAGAUAUUUUGGAAUUCCUGAUGAACGUCAUCUUAGGAGAGAUUUCCAGCAGAGACACGCGGUUGUUGUCAGGCACUGCGGUUGCUAUGGUGAUUACUGCAGUGACGGAUGCUCAGGCUGCUCAAUCAGCUGCAUGGUGUCUACUGCAGAUCACCAACAGAGAACCAUGGAGAUUGACAGUAGGUGAGCUACAGGUGGUUUGUCGCCCCAAAAACCAGGACGGGGUGGACAGGCUUGCCAUAUCCAGGGGACUUUUAACUUGCUGCAGAAAGGAUGUUCUUGUCAGUCGCCAUGGCAACCGAGGAACAUGUUUUCUUUUGGACGGCUUAUUUCCUGUCAUCUCUGCUCUGUGUGAAGAAAAACUUGACUGUCAUUACUAUGUUUUUCAAGUAUUUACCAUGUGGCUGAAAAGGGUUAAAGAGUGCCUCAGAGAAAUUUGGGACAUUACUGGUGCUCCUUUGGAUUCCGACCUUCAACUGCAACUAACACAAAUCAUCUGGAGCAAUGCAGAGAGUCCGUUGGAUGGCCUUGCAGAAUUGGCACACAGUGCUUUCUGUCUCUUUAUGGAGAUCUAUGAAAAAGAUUGUCAACAUUUUGGGAAUACUGAGAAAAGACUUUAUGAUGAGUUACUGCACAGGAUAGCAGAGCUGCCCUGGCAGUCAAAAGCCAAGUAUUCACCACUCUGUGCAAUUCUGCCAUACACGGGCACGGACAAGGUUUUGAAACUGUAUCCUGCCCUUCCCUCUCACAUCCUAAAAUGCCUCUCUUCCAACCUCCUCUCUCCAUGUGCCUCUGAAGUCUACAAAUGCCUCCUCCAGGAACAAAAACGUGAGCUUGUUAUUAAUGCGUCCCAGGAAGCCCCGCCCACCGAUCAAGACCUAGCCAACCAGUGGGCUCACCGAUGGCAACCGAAAAUUCUGGAGGCUUUGAUUUCGGAAGUGACUCUUCUUCAAAAUAAUGCCUCUUGCCACCUUCUGCCUUUAACAUUACGCACCUAUCCAGGUGCUUUCAACACUCUUCUGUUAGCUCUGGAUCCCACUGCUCCCGGUCACCUUCACACAUGGGCUUGUAUCAUGAGCGCCCAACGAUCCAUUAGUGGACAUUCUCUCUGGGGUAUGAACGGUACAGAUGCCCUGAAGACCCUCCGUCUUGCCCUCUCCUCUCUGGAUGACAGCGUCCGCCUGGCAGCCCUGAAUCUUCUGUGCUGCAGCCCGAAGACUAAAGAAGCCCCAUCGCAAGUGGAGUACUCUGCUCUGAGAGACUUUAUACCGCUGAAUCUCAACAGCGAAUCAUCGCCGUUCCGCCAGCAUCUUCAAGCGGCGCUGAGGAAAUUCCUAGUGAGAAUACGAGAGAGCUGUAUGGCGAGCAUCAAAGGUCAUAAACGUAAAACGGGACUUCGCAAGGAAGAGGAGGCAGAGCUUAAGCAAGGAAUCGAUUUUGUUGGCUGGUUAGCUCAGCUGACAUUGGUCUAUUUGACUCCUGACUGCAGCUAUCAGAGGAAGAAGACGGUUUUGCUUCUGUUGUCCGCUGUGCUGGACACAUGUACUGACACCUGGAGUCCGGAUAGGAAAAAGGGACAACCACCUGCUAAUAUGUCUACUCUGAUAAACUGGGCAAAAGAAAGAGGGAAGUGGAAUUUCUUCUCCAAGUCAAACAUGCUGGUCUUGAUUGGCUGUUUAGAGGAUUCAACCAAUGAGAUCCGCGAGCUGUCUGCAGAGCUGCUGCUUCGUUAUUUCCCCCCCUCUCUACCUGAUGACAUCACUGCUGUGCUGUUCAGCCGGGCGGAGCGACUCCUCCAGAGCCCGCGGGUCCCAGAGGCCCAGAUGGGUGCUAUGAUGUUCAAACUACUGCUGCAGAAGGCGGAUGGGGUUUCUGAACAGGGAGAGAAGCAGUCCAUCAGGCUGAUCCGAUUUCUUUUGAAUAAACUGGAGCAUCAUUUCCUCACCGCCAAGAGUGACAUGCUGCAAGCUGCUCGCACAACACCUAUUCAUGGCAUUGUAAGUGCUCUCCAGAAGGGUUUGAUGGAAGUACCAGGAGUCCUGGGGGAGUCACUAAACCACAGUGUCGCAGUUGACAUUUUGUGUUUGCUAGAGAAGAUCAGUUUACUGCUACUGGGUGUCCUGUAUGGAGACCAGGACACCGAGGAGAAAGAGGUUCCUCCAUCGUUCUGUGACAUGGGAAAUGCGAUCAGUUCUCUGAUUGGUCAAAAUGGCGUUGAGGGGGCGAGACUUGAUGAAGACUCUGAUGAGAACGUCUUGCUUUCUGAGGAACAUAGUCUGGUGCUGACCUGCUGCUGGGUCUCUUUAAAGGAAAUAGGAAUUUUUCUGGGGCUCCUGGUGGAAAGAAUCCAGUCAUUGCCGUGGCGGCUGACUGUUGAAGAAUUUACAAUGGCUUCUAAACUGUUCAAAGACAUCAUCCUGAAAUGUAGACACUGGGGGGCAGUAGAGGGCUGCUGUAUCGGCUUCACUAAGUUCUGCAGGACUCUCCUGAGCAGCUCUAAUCCUGAAGUUAGAGAGAUCCCAGCCCUUAUAUUACAACAGGGUCUCUUUGUUCUCCAAUCGCCCCGUAGUACAUCAGUGACACGCCGUGCUGCCGGACUGCCCAUGCUUAUUUUAGGCGUCUUGGCUGCUGAGGACUCCAGCAAAUCUCGCCCCCUAUUGGUCCACACUAUUAAUACACUCUUGGACAUAGCCAGAGAACCACUGCCCCAGGACUGGGACCAAACUCUUGACUUACCGCAGGUGUGUGCCGGUCACAUCCUACAGGCACUGGUCAAAGGUUCAACCCUGGCCGUGGCUGUUCUGCAACACACCCCUGCGGUGACCAUUCUGUCCCUUAUGCUCCUAAGCUCACCAUGCUGGGCCAUGAGAAAUGCAGCCCUUCAGCUUUACAGUUCUCUCUGCACCAGAAUGUUGGGUCAGCAGCCGGCCGGUGAAGAAGGGUCCACACAUUCCGGCAUGUCUUCCCCUUCCUUUUUUCAUCUUUACCCUGCCCUACAGCCCUUCCUCCAGGAGGCGCUAGAGAGCGCAGCAAAGGACCUGCUGGACUCUACAGUUCUCCUGCACCCUUCCCUCUACCCUGUGCUCACUCUGCUCGCCAAACUACAGCCGGGUGCAGAGGAACAGACACGUGCUCUGUCAGAAUUCCUUCCUCCGUUAUUCCUGCUAGCGGCCAGCCCAGUCUAUGGCGUGCGAGUGAUGUCAUCCAGGGCUCUUGUUGCCAUGAUACCCCCAUCCCAAUGUCUGGCGACUGUCCUGGAGUUGGUGGAAAAGCUCCCGGAAUCACCGGAUGUUUCCUGCGGACACAACAGACUACAUGGACAACUCCUACAGAUAAAAACAGUUCUGACAAGAGCACUGAAAACUAACAUACAGUCAUCUCUCAGUGAGGUCGUGGAAAGGUUGGAGUCUAGACUGUGGUUGGCAUCGUCAAGUCAACGAUGCCUGCUGGUGCGUCUGGCGUAUGUGGAUGUUGUGGAGCUGUUGAGAGGCCAUUGCUCUGGUGCUUUCCUGACCCACCUGUCAUCUGUGCUGCUACAGGAGAUUCACAGGACUCCAAACAUACUAGAGGUUGGCUUUGCGUCAUUUCAACAAAGUGCAGUGAACUUCCUAUGUGAGGAUCCUGAGUGGGCGUGUCAGGUGUGGCAGAAUCUGUCCUCCGGCAGUACUGUUGUGAGGCUCUCAUUGGUCAAGAGGGCAGCAGAGGGGUGUGGCUGGAGAGGGACCGUUUUACAACAGGUUAUGCUGAGAGCGCUGCAGGCCAACCUGAAGGAGGCGCUGUUGCACCAGGAUGUUGAGUACAGAGGAGCAUUCUUGACAGCAUUAGUGGAGGUUAUAAGCUCAGAAGAACACAGUCUUGGUCCGUCUCAUCCCUCUUCGCCAGGAUUUGAUGAGGCGUGUCUGCAGGACUGUGUGGAGGAUCUGUUUGAUGAUCUGGAGAUGGGUCGAGGGGGUCCUGGGUUCAUCUCAGUGGCUCUUUGUGCAGUGAGUCUGCUCCUCUACCAGAGCAUAGACUUGAGUUUGCUCGAGCGCUUGUGUAAAUUAUUAGAAAAGCACAGAUGCCCUGAAGCUCCUGAGGCCCUCAGAUCAGCCUGUGCUCGGUCUCUAUGUCUAUUCGCUGUCUCCGUUGUGACCAGAAGUCUGAAGGGAAGACCUGUAUUUAAAGAGAUCAGUAUCAGGUUGAUCAGCACAGGCAUCUAUUUGCUUCAAGAUGAGAGUCUAGAGGUUAGACCAAAGGCAGCCAUGUUUGCCUCCCUGCUCUUCUCUUCACGACAGCCUGAUCCGCCACAAAGAUGUUUCUACAUGCAGGUGAACCAGGCUCUGAUCUCCCUGCUGAACCUGCUCUUGGAUGAAUUCUGGGAUACCAGGGGUGCUUUGGAUGCAUUGGUGUGCCACCUACCUGACUGCGACCUGAAUGUCAUACUACAGGAGGUUAAAGAGACAGUGUGCCGCAGCCUGUAUGAGCGAGAUGAAGCCAACGUGUAUGCAGAGCCAUCUGUGAUGUCAGAGUCUCUGCUCCCCUAUCUAUUACGUUUGGCUAAACGUUACCCAGAAUCCUCCACUCUUGCAGAGGACCUUGAGCUCUGGGCUCGAAACAAUGUGUCCGCUGUCAGAGAGAAUCUCUCGAUUUGUUUGAAAUUUCAAUUAGGUGAUGUACUGAAUCCUGAUUGGCUGAGUUUGCUGACAGAGCCACGUUUCCAUGCCGCUCUUUCUGGCCUGUUCACCAAGGCAAUUGUUCUGCUCCAGCUGCUCAAGGAGUGUGAUAACAUACGACCUUUGCUUGACCCUAUGAGCUUAUCUACAGACAUUCAGGACAUUAAUGAACGGUUUGUACACAAGGGGGUCUUAUUUUCUCAAGCCUUCGUUGACGCACUAAAUUUAACUCAACAGUCUUUAAAAGAGCAAGGCUUCUUUAAGAACAGUUAACAGAAAAUCUUUAUUGAUCUGAAGAAGAUGCUUUAAUGGAGAACAACUGAAUUGAAAAUCAUUAUGCAAUACUGAAGAUAGGCAGAAGAAUCUUUGCUAUUCGUCAAGUCAAUAUAAAUUGUCCAAUCCAGAUCAUUCUCUUAGACAGCAGCUUUUAAAAUGCAGUGUGUGUAAAUCUGAAGGGGUGGAAGACUUUCAUUGGUUGUGAAUGGAUGGUGAUUUCUGAAAUACAACAGACUGUAGACGGAGACAAACCAGACGGCUGCAGCGCAGACGCUCCGUGAACAUGUUUGCAUAUGUGCAAGCAUGUUCAUGUCCAUAUGUUUGUGGUGUCAGGCUGCGCCCUGGGCGGUGAGACUGGAACAUUUAUUUUUAGCCAAAAUAAUCCAUGCAGAACAUUUCACAGUGUCAUUUCAUGUCUGUUUGUAUGCUUGUCUGUUUUAAACCAAGUGACCUCAAGUGCAAUUGAUGCUUGUGUGUUUAAUAAACACUAUUUCAACUGUUUUUAGAUCCAAAACGA